AUGGGCAGGCUACUGUUAGCGUUGGCUGCGGCCACCCUCGCCCUCUCCACUCAUCUCACAGCGUCAUUGACCGCCCACCUUGAGGACUCGUCCUCGUCCUCCUCCUCCUCCUCCUCCUCUCAGCCCGCCUCGCCGCUCACCGGUCGCUUCCUCCACCUGACGGACCUGCACCCAGACGUCCACUACCAGGCUGGCUCAUCGAUCUCCAAGGGUUGCCACGCUGGCAAGCCCAAGAAGCACGAUCGCGCGGGACACUGGGGCUCUCCCGUCUCAGGGUGCGACUCUCCUCGUCGUUUGGUCGAAGCAAGCAUCGAGUGGGUGAAGCGGGCGUGGACCCCGCCUGAAGGAGACGGGCGCCACGCCGCCUUCGACUUUAUAAUCUGGACGGGCGAUUCGGCUCGACAUGAUUUGGACUCGCUGUUCCCUCGGACGCGCGAGGAGAUCUACGCCUCCAACAAGUGGUGCUUGGACUUGAUCAGUGCCGCUUUCCCUGGAGUACCCAUCGUACCCAAUCUGGGGAAUAACGACGUUUUCCCGCACAAUAUCAUGUGGGGAGGGCCGAGCGAAUUGAUAGGGCAGUACGCCGAGAUGUGGGAUGAGUGGGUGCCGGAGUGGGAACGACAUACGUUUCAGUUGGGAGGAUACUUUACCGUCGAGGUGCUGCAGGGACGAUUGGCUGUUGUUAGCUUGAAUACGCUUUACUGGUACGACUCGAACAAGGUCGUCGAUGGAUGCAAGGGGAUCAAGCGGGAGAGACGCAAGUUGCACAAGGGGCGGGGCCGCAGCUCCUCCUCGGCCUCGGCGUCCUCAGCGCACCUCGACCCGGGCACGCGCCAACUCCUCUGGCUCGAAGCCCAACUCUCCCAACUGCGCAAACGCGGCCUCGCCGUGCACAUCAUCGGCCACGUACCCCCUACGGCUGGCAACUACUUCCCGCGCUGUUAUGCUGCGUACACGGAUAUCGUGCUCGACUACCAGGAUACAGUUGUGGGACAGCAUUUCGGGCAUAUGAAUGUGGAUGCGUUUUGGGUGCAGGAGGAUGUUGAGGCGGAGAGGAGGGCCAAGAAGGACCCCGACGUGGACGAGACGAUUCGCGCAACGACACUCACGGACGACCUGCGCAAGGACUACGCCGUCCUCCCACGCCGCGCAAAGGAAGUCAACGAGUCGUACUACCAUUACUUUUUUACGGCGCCCGGGAUCGUGCCCACUUUCGUGCCCUCGGUGAGGGUGUGGACGUACAAUGUGACGGGGAACGUGGGACGGGGGAUGGGGAGCGAGGGCGAGCAGGGCGAAACUGAGGAUCACGCGGAGGAGGAGGAUGACGAAGACCCAGACGACUCGCCGGAUCACCACCCCGCCUACUCCUCUGCGCAGCUCGUCCUCUCCUCCCCUCCCCCCUCGCCCGACUCAUCAUCCCCCCAUCUAGGCGCUUCCCACUCCUCUCGCCUCCACUCGCUCCGCCGCAAACAUCGUCGUCCCAAGCACGGUCGGCGUCAUAGGCGAAAUCGUCAUCCUUACCCGCGGCACACCUCGCGCCAUUCGCCCUCGCGCACGAAUACGGGAAUGAGCCUCUUGGGGUACUCGCAGUGGAAGUUGGACCUCGAUUGGGCCAAUGACGAGUGGGAGAGACAACGCGGCGAGCGGGGCGUGCACAGCGAGAAGGAGAAGAGGGAGGGGAGAUUGGAUUAUCGACUCGAGUACGCCACUUACACGCCCGAGACGCUAUGGGGCUCUCUGCUCCCUCACGUCGACGCAGAGCUCAACGCAAGCCGCUCCAAACCGUCAAAGGAGCUGCACGAGCCUGUCCCUCGUCGCCUCCUCGAGCGAGAGAUAGCCUUGCGUAGCUCCGACCCGGGGUCCUCCUACUCUUCCUCGCCGCUCGCACGCCUCCCACCACUCAAAUGGCUGACAGAGUACGGGCUGGAGUCCAUCAGUGUCUCCUCGAUGCUUGGUCUUGCGCGCCGGCUAGUGAAAGAAGACGGGCUGUGGAAGCGAUACGAGGGGAGGGUGUACGGGGAAAGUGGGUGGCGCGGGUAG